AUGAACGUUGACGGAAAGUCCAGCAAAUCCGGCGCCACCAUCCUCUUCUCCCUCAAGAACGAGGUAGGCGGUCUGGUCAAGGCUCUCCGGACUUUCCAGGAACAACACGUCAAUCUGGUCCACAUCGAGUCACGCAGGUCCAAGCGCAGGAAUUCCGACUUUGAGAUCUUUGUCAACUGCGACGGUGAUCACCGGCAGCUCCGAGAGUUGACACGUCUUUUGUCGCAGCACACCAAUGUGGUCCAGAUAACGUCGCCGAGCCGUAACAAUGACGACGAGCUGCCCGUUCCGUGGUUCCCCAAGAAAAUUUCCGAUCUGGAUCUUUGCAGCCAGGUUCUGAUGUACGGAUCCGACUUGGACGCCGACCAUCCGGGAUUUCAAGACAAGAUUUACCGCAAACGACGUAACUACUUUGCGGAUUUGGCGCGAAGCUACAAACACGGCGACCCUAUCCCCCGCGUGGACUACACGGCCGAGGAGAUUCAAACGUGGGCUCGGGUGUUUCGGGAACUCAACGCGCUUUACCCGAGCCACGCCUGCAAGGAGUUCCUGAAAAACCUCCCUCUGCUGGUCGAACACUGCAACUACAAGGAGGACAACAUCCCCCAGCUGGAGGACGUCUCACGCUUCCUUAAAGAACGUUCGGGUUUCAGCAUCCGUCCUGUGUCAGGCUAUUUGUCGCCCCGGGACUUUCUGGCAGGUUUGGCGUUCCGAGUGUUCCACUGCACACAGUACGUCCGACACAGUUCUGACCCGUUCUACACACCGGAACCAGACACGUGCCACGAGCUGCUGGGCCACGUGCCACUCCUGGCCGAACCGGGCUUUGCGCAGUUCUCGCAAGAACUGGGCCUGGCGUCGCUGGGCGCCGCCGCCGACGCUGUACGCAAGCUGGCCACGUGUUACUUCUUCACGGUGGAGUUUGGACUUUGCAAGCAGGACGGAAGACUUCGCGCCUACGGGGCCGGACUGCUCUCAUCCGCUGGCGAGCUCAAGCACGCAUUGUCAGGCGAGGCCAAGUUGCUCCCCUUCGAUCCUCGUGUGACGUGCAACGAGGAGUGUGUCAUCACCGCCUUCCAAAACGUUUACUUCGUGGCCGACGCCUUCGACGAUGCCAAAACCAAAAUGAGGGAGUUCGCCAAAAGCAUCCGUCGGCCAUUCUCUGUGCGCUAUAACGCGUACACGCAGAGCGUAGACGUGCUGGAGGAUAGCGGCAGCAUCCGAACGCUGGUGGAGGAUCUGCGACACGAUCUCGACAUUGUGGAGGACGCCCUCAGCAGGCUCAACACUGCCUGA